AUGGCGUCCGGCGGCCAUAUGCAUAAUUUCACCACCCUCAUCAAGCGGCUCGAGGCAGCGACCUCACGCUUGGAGGAUAUGGCGAUGUCAUACGAUGACUCUAGCGCGCCAAAGUCUUUGACCGGUUCACCUUCUUCUACGCCCGCUAUUCCACAACCCCCUAAGCCGUCCCCUCCUCCGCCCGCUGCCCCUGUGGCCGCCCCCGUCCCGCCGCAGAUUGAGGACUUCGAUGCGUUGAUCAAGGGUGAUGUUCAGAAAUUUGUCAACCUAGGAGAGAAGAUCGGCGGUCUGGUUGCUGAGCAAUCCAAAGCUGUCCUUCGGGCCUUCCAAGCUGAACGUACCUAUCUUUAUGUUGUUACAAAAGCCAAGAAACCCGAUACUCAGCCUCCGGAGUUAAUGACAGAUCUGCACAAAGCAUCCGAUAGCAUUAACAACAUUCGCGAAUCAAACAGAGCCUCGCCGCUAUUCAACCACCUAAGCGCUGUUGCGGAGGGUAUUGUUGCGCUCGCUUGGUUCUUCGAAAGCAAGCCUGCGGAGUUUGUCACGGACAUGAUCGGUGGCAUUGAAUACUACGGAAAUAAGGUUCUGAAGGAGUACAAGGACAAGGACCAGGUACACGUCGAAUAUAUCAAAGCCUACUAUCAAAACUUCAAGGCUCUUGCGGAGUACCUCAAGAAACACUACCCCAAGGGUCUGACAUGGAACAAUGAGACGGGCAUUGAUGCCAUGGAAGCUUUGAGGCAGGUCAAGGCCGGACCUGCUGCGGUCAGUGGCGGUGCCCUUCCUCCCCCUCCCCCUCCUCCCCCUGUCCCAUCCCUCAACUUCCCCGGUGGCGGCGCUCCUCCCCCACCUCCGCCUCCUGGUAUUCCUCCUGCUCCGGCCCCUGCGGCACCAGCAGCAGACAUGGGCGCUGUCUUCGACCAACUCAACCAGGGCGAGGGUAUCACCUCUAGCCUCCGCAAGGUCGACAAAUCGGAGAUGACGCACAAGAACCCCAACCUGCGCGCCGGAUCCAUCGUCCCUGAGGGCAGUUCCGUGCGGGGCAAGUCCCCAGCACCCAGCAAAAAACCGAAGCCCGAAAACAUGCGCGCGCGCAAGCCGCCCCGCAGGGAACUCGAGGGCAGCAAGUGGCUCAUCGAGAAUUUUGAUGCCCCUGGCGAGAUCAUCGAGGUCUCUGCGCAACAGAACCAGUCCAUCCUCAUCAGUCGCUGCAACAAAACCAUCAUCAAGGUCUCUAACAAAGCUAACGCUAUUGCCAUCGACAACUGCGUUGGUCUCUCCCUUAUCGUCGACUCUCUCGUCAGCAGUCUUGAUAUCAUCAAGUGCCCCAAGUUCGCUGUGCAGAUCGACGGCACGGUCCCCACUUUGCUGAUGGAUCAGGUUGAUGGUGCUACCGUUUACCUUAGCCAAGAGAGUCUCAACACUGAGAUCUUUACUAGCAAAUGUUCCGCUAUUAACAUCACCCUUCCGCCGCCGGAGGGCACCGAUGAAGAUACCAAGGAGUGCCCUCUGCCAGAGCAGUUCAAGAGCUACCUCAAGGACGGCGUGCUGGUGAGCGAGAUCGUGGAGCAUGCUGGUUAA